CCUUUUUUGCAUAGAAAAGGGCGUUUACAACUAUAUGUAGUACCUAAAAGUGUGUAAAAGUUCACAAACUUAAGAUUGAGUGUGCCCUUCAUACUGUUAGAAGAUAAAUCUUCAGUUUACAUAAGAUACAUAAGAUCCUGCUAAUAAUUAUAUCUUGAUAAACACCUUCUUUACUUAGCAUAAUGCAGAACAAACAGAUCAGUUUAAAUUGGCAAAUACAAAAGAAAGAAUAAAUAAGAUGGCUACUGAUUAAGAAUUGUUCCCAGGACUUGUUGAUAUAUAUCAAGUAUGUUUGACAUCCUCUGUCUGGAGUUACUGUCUGAUGCUUAAAUAAAGUGUUUGUGCCCAACAUACACUAUGCAGAUUUCUUUCAAAUUUGACAUCUGUCAAAACUAUGACAUCUCGAAAUCUGCAGACUGCCUGUGACUUUUAGCAAGUAAUGUCAACUCAUUUAUGAAGUUUUAUUGACAAAAGUUUAGGAGGAGUAUGAUAAUCAGGCAAAUCAGCACAGGUAUAACUUGUUUACAUAACUACUUCGAUAUGUGUACAUAUAUCCAGCCAACUCACCUCGUUCUCAUGAGAGUUUUCUGGCAUCCCUCUUCCACCUCAGCUCCUCUGUCUUAAUCUAUUCUUAUUCAUUUUUAUGGUUAGGGGGAGUUUUCUGGGUUUGGGCUAAAUUUCAAGCACACCAAAUAUACUUACUUGCUCAAUCAGAUUAUAUGUGAGGGUGAACUUGUGAACUAUUUAUUGGGGGAAAAGUUGUGUAGUGCAUUAACUGAGGAAACAAGUAAAAAAAAUAAAAAUAAAAAAGUCGUGGGAGCAAAUUCUCAAGAUCCCUUUCCAAUGUCAUGUGCAGUCCUAUAUGGGUAAUGCUGCAUAUUCACACAUAGCAACCAUGUUUACCUUGUUUACUCUCCUUGCAGUACACUGUCUGUAGUGCAAGGAGAACUAAAUAGGGGAUUAAGGCUGAAAUAUAUGUCAAGUUCUGUAGAAGGAGUGGUUGAUUGUGGUUUCUGGAUGAACAAACAAAGUGAAUAAGGUACUUAUGGGCGUGCUCCAUGGGUGUGCUCCUAUAGGUGAGCCACAGUCAUAGCCACAAGCACAUUCUCUCAGUAGUUAGACCGCUCAGACAGAAGAUCAGCUGAUGUGGUAUGUCACUGCAGACGAAGGAGUGAAAAUUUAUCACUUUCAUUUUUACUGCAUACACAAGCUCUGGUUGAACAAUUCAAAUUCUCAGACUUUCUAAAGCUGACUGUAACCAAAGAGAGUUUAUUUUGAGUCAUCGUACUAAACAGAAGUAACCCACCAUGGCACGUGAACAGGAUUACUACGCUCUCAUGUCUGGGAUGCAACAGCUUGAUUUCCAAGGGAAAGCAGUCCCUAGUGAUCUUGUACUAAUAGGUGAGCAUGCCUUUCCACUUGCCAUGAAUCCAAGAGGUCAGGUGCUGAUGGCUGCAUCUCAUUAUGGUCAGGGACGCAUUGUAGUGUUGGGACACGAAGAAUACUUAACACGCUUUCCUGGCCUGAUAGAGAAUGCCUUAAUGUGGCUCAUGCCAUGUACCGGAGAUGCUGGAGUGGUAGGGAUUCAGAAAAGUUUACGAACAGUAGCUGAAAACUUGAACUACAGCCCUAUCAAGACAGAACUAGGAGACUUUCAAGAUAGGUUUGCUAUAUAUAUCUCUGAUGCGUACAGUGUUGAGAGCUGUGCAAAGGAUCUGAUUGCUUUCCUCAAAGCUGGGGGUGGUUUAAUCAUUGCUGGACAAGCAUGGAGUUGGUCUAAUGAACACCCACAGGAAAACACUAUUAGGAACUUUCCAGGAAACAAGGUGUGCAGUGUUGCAGGGAUUUACUUUUCAGAGCUCCAAGGAGAGGUCGGCAUCUUUCCUGUUCCCCAAAAUAUCCCUUCUAGUUGGCUUGCCGUGUCAAUAGGUAAAGACUUUAAAGAGGACCUAGAGUUCCUGCUGGAAGGUGUGUCUGAGUUUGACACUCAAGGUGGAGCUAUAGCAUCUGAGGUGAUGGUGCACGGACCAUUAGCGUUUCCUAUUGCAGUUACUCCAAAUGGAAAAGCAUUCAUUGCUGGUGCCUAUUAUGGACAAGGGCGAGUAAUUCUGGUAUCCCAUGAAGGCUACAUGGGCCGGGACUCUCUGUCUUCUUUCAUGAUCAAUGCUAUUAAGUGGCUUGAUGAGGGUCGCAAGGGUGUUAUUGGGAUCGUACCCAACCUCACUGCAGCCCAUGGAGUACUGAGCAAAUCUGGUUUAAAUUGUCAAUUGACCGGUUUCAGAGAAGAUCUAAGUGUCUACGUCUGCACUUCCUACAGUGAUGCCCAGUGUGCAGAGAUCCAGGAAUUUGUUGCAGAAGGUGGAGGUCUUCUGAUUGGGGGUCAUGCCUGGUACUGGGCUCAGACCCACUGUGGCUCCAAUGUGAUGACUGAAUACCCCGGAAAUCACAUUCUUAACAAGAUGGGAUUGUGCCUCUUGGGAAACACCUUGGGUGGAGGGUUAUAUAAAGCUCCAGAGAUAGAGCAUAGUUGUAAACAUGGGUACCACUUUCGAAGCAUGCUGCAGAGAUUUGCUCAACAUGUAAGUGAAGGGCAAGAGCUGACUGAUCGGGAACAGGGCUGUUUGAAGCAGCUGGGCACUGACUGUGCCAGUUACCUUCAAAUGCGUUGUCAUGACAGUGCCGCUUACACCUCAGUGGUAGCUCUUCUUGGUGACAUAGUGAAGGAAGUAGGUGUUCCACAGGUGUGUGGCAACUGCCCUGUUGAAAAUCCCAAAGACCACCUCAUGCUCCACAUUGGUACUGAGGUCUACAAAGUAACGCCUGAUCCAGAUGCCCUUCUUCCAUACAUCAUCAAGGACAGACCCAACUUGCCAACUUUGUCAAAUUCAAGAGUUCGGAUUACUGCCAACACUGGAGGUUGUGAAGAAUGGAUAAGCACAGGCUUAUAUCUUUCUCCUGGUAUGAAGACAUACAUAGCGGUACCUCCAGAGAUUGUUGGAAAAAAUUGGCAGGUGCAGCUUGGUUGCCAGACAGACAACAUUGGUGGAUCAAACACCCUGAAGCGGGCUCCGGUGGUACAUGCGCGAUUCCCCUUGGAUUCAGAAAUGGUCCAGGUCUGGAAUCUGUGGGGAGGGCUAAUCUACUUAAUAGCACCUCCCAGCAAAGUGGAUGGGCUGGAAAUUGUUGUGCAGACUGCAGUACAGGCUCCAUACUUCAAGUCUGGAGAGACAAGCGUAGCAGACUGGGUGAGCAGUAUUCGUCAGGCACCUGCUCCCUGGGCAGAGCUUGAGUUUGAAAACCUCAUCAUGACGUUUGAUUCAGCUUUCAUAAGGAAUCUGGACCGCCCUGAUGAGGUGGCUAAACUUUGGGAUACCAUAAUGAGAACCAUAACUGACUUGGCGGCAAGGCCGCCCAAAUUACCCCGCAAGGAACGAUUUGUUGCUGAUGUUCAGAUCUCUUAUGGUUUCAUGCAUGCUGGAUAUCCCAUAAUGAUGCACUCCGGUUCUGCUCCAGGACUAGUAAAUGUUGGGGAAGCCUAUAAAUGUGGCCUCUGGGGAGCCAUUCAUGAGUUGGGCCAUAACCAGCAGCGUGAAGUUUGGGAGUUCCCUCCACAUACCACUGAGUGCACCUGCAACCUGUGGUCAUUGUAUGUACAUGAGGAAGUGUUUGGUGUGAAAAGCGCUAAUGCUCACCCUGCCAUCACUCAAGCAGACCGGCAGGCUCGUACCAAGAUGUAUUUUGAUGGUGGUAAAGAUUUAAACAGCUGGUGCAUGUGGACGGCACUCGAGACUUACAUGCAGCUUCAAGAAAAAUUUGGCUGGGAUGCUUUCAAGAAAGUUUUUACUCUCUACCAUGACAUGACCGGUGUGCCAAAUGACAAUGCAGGGAAGAUGAAUCUAUACGCCCAGACCUUCUCAAAGGUGGUCAAUCUGAAUUUGGCCCCAUUCUUCAAAGCAUGGGGUUGGCCUAUACAACCCAACACAGAACAGAAUCUUUCCCAUCUUCCUGCAUGGAGUGACCAUCCUGUUUGUCAGUAUGCAUAACAACACAUUGAAUAGUUUUUAAAAUAUAUGCAUAUCUGAAGUGCCAUGGACAUUUUAGUAUUUACAUUUUACUUUUCGUUUAAUUAGUGGAAGAGCAAUUGACUUAUAUCUCUGUGAUGCACUUGUAUCAAUAUAAUUUAAAGCAUGUGUUAUUAGCCAAAGGUGAGUGUAUGCUAAAUGGGCUAAGGGUAAAUAUACAUGACUAUAUACCAAGGAUUACCAAUUUCGGUCCUAGAGGGCUGGUGUCCCUGCAGGGUUUAGCUCCAACUUGCCUCAACACACCUGCCUGAUUGUUUCAAGAAUACCUAGUCAGACCUUGAUUAGCUUGUUCAGGUGUGUUUUUGCAGGACACCGGCCCUCCAGGAACAAGUUUGGUGACCCCUGCUAUAUACUUAAAACACAAAAUCAAAUUACUAUUAUAUUGCCAUAUAAAAUGAUUGCCAAAUCAACUAUAUUAUUUGGUGUUUUGGUGUAUUUUGAAUCUCUUUCUUAAUCUCCAAUAAAUUAUAUAAAUUAUUCUGAAA